UAUGUCGCUGAGUAAAGUCAUUUGAAUUUGUAAUUUUGACUCUUCAACUGAUUUAAUUUUAGGCCACAAGAAUAAAUACAAGUUUUCAGAUUUUGAAAGCUCCUUAACUUGUACCCUGAAGAGGGCGCUAUAGCUUUACAUCACACUAAAUAUUUGAUUUUUUUUCUUUCUUUUUUCUUUUUUUUUUACUCUUACUUUUCACCCUCCUGUAGUCUCUGUGCAGCAGAAGCUCAUAUUUAUCGCGCGCGGCGGACUUCCUCACUCACAUGUAACAACAUGAAGUCCACGUUUUUCUUCCUUUUCAUCAUCUGGUCCGCAGCUGCAGAGCAAAGACCACGAAAAGCAGGUUCUGGGGUGGUUUGUACUUUCAAAGACAAGACGUACAGCUAUGGAGACAGCUGGCAUCCUUACCUGGAGCCUUUUGGCUUCAUGUUCUGCGUGCGCUGCGUCUGCGCAGAGACAGGUCAUGUGAAGUGCAGCACGCUCAAGUGUCCCGCCCUGUCGUGUGAACACCCGGUGACCGAGCCUCAGCGCUGCUGUCCCAGAUGCACAGACGAGCCGCGAGUCCCCGCAGGCCUGAGGGCAUCGGCGAAAUCCUGCAGGUACAACGGAAGCAUUUACCAGUCAGGAGAGACUUUCUCCAAACAUGACCUCUUCCCAUCCAGGCAAAGCAAUCAGUGCGUAAUGUGCACAUGCUCCAACGGAAAUAUCUUCUGUGCUUUGAAAACCUGCCAGCCUGUCACCUGUUCCUCGCCGGUUUCAUUGACAGACACCUGCUGUUUGGUAUGCAAAGAUCAUGGUGCUGGCGGCUCGUCAUCAACAGAGGAUGGAAACCAGCAGCUGAACAGAGGCGUUAGGCAUUCGGUGGACCAGUGUCCUGGAGACCAGAGCAGACUGCGUCCUGAUCGAGCCACGACCCCCAGGGUCAAGGCCCCUCCCUUGAGGGGUCUGAGCCUCAGUAAACUCAAUCUGAAAGGGGCUUCGGAGACCACAGUGAAGAUUUUGAUGCAACGGAAACACCAAAGAGUGUGUUUAUACAAUGGCAAGACGUACUCUCAUGGAGACAUGUGGCAUCCAGUUUUGGGGAAGGUUCUGGAAUGCAUCCUGUGUACUUGCAUUGAUGGUCUCCAGGACUGUAAACGCAUCACGUGUCCCAGCCAGUACCCAUGCCGGCAUCCCAUCAAAUCUGCAGGAAAAUGCUGCAAGACAUGUCCAGAGAGUAAAACUGAAAGUAACCAGACCCAGUGCCACGUUGGAUAUAAAAAUAAGCUCCUGGUGUAUAGAGUAGAGUCAUCUCCGAAAGCUGAUUCACCAAACACAGUCCGGAUCAUUGCUGUGGAAAGGCAAAGUACCGCUGAGGUUGAAGUGCAGGUGUGGAACACGGUAGAAGGUGUUUUACAGAUGAUGGAGGUUGGGGAUGUUCAACGUAAAGAUAUCACGGACCAUCCAGAAAAUUAUACACAUCUUACAACUCUCGAUGAAGAGAUGUGGAAAAAGUUUAAGGAGGUGGGGGGAAAUCUGAGCAAGGCUCCACAGACCACCAUUUGUGAAGAUGGCAUCCGGGAAAUAUUGACCUUCCUAAAUCCCAAGCAAACUGAGGGCCUGUGUUCACCCUAAAGUCGCUGCUCACAAAACCUGACGCUAAAAUAACGAGCGUAAUCAACCCGUACAUGUUUUCCUCUGACUGUGUAUACCAAACUGGAACUUAUCUGACAUACUCUCAUGAAUUAUCCUGUUCUGUUUGUUCCGUGAGAAGAGUGGUGGAAGUUUGUUGGGAAAAGUAAUUCUGAUCCACAAUUUGCCUUUAAUGUCCCACUGUAAAAUCAUUUGUCUUAUUAGCUUGAGUUGAUUUUUAUGUUUCCUUCAGACCUGUAACAAAAAACAUAAAAAAGUUGAUCAUUUUGCAAUAUUAUCAUACUUAAGCACCAUACUUUUUGGGCAUUCAGCAUGCAAUCAAUACAUUUAUCCUUCAUUCCUUUAAAUCCUUUAAUGUCAAAGACAAAAACUAAAAGGUUAAAAGGUUUUUUCUUCAUAACUCGUUGGUGUUUUCUCAUUUAGAGGUUUAGCUGUAAAUUAUUAGUGACAUGAGUGACCAUUUUUUUGGUUGUUGACUCCACUUGUAAGGCUUGAAGAUGCUCAUGUCAUGGAUCGGCCUGGCAACUGACUAAUAAUUCAGACUGAGGAGUAAAAGCUCGUUUUAUAUGUGAAGACUGAGUUGUGUGUUCCUGCAGUGGAGAAAAGCAGACUAUAUUUGUCAAGAAAGUUUUUGACGGAUGUGAUGUACUUAAAUGUAAAUACAUGUUGAGGUUUUGUUACCUUAUUUAAAACAUUCUGGUUUCAUUUAUGUGAAUGUAAGCAUUUUUUUAUGAAGAAACCUGUAAGAUAAAGGGUAAAGACUGACUUUUUUUUAUUAGAAAACAGCCUCUAUUGAUAUUAAACAUAAUCCAACCUUUCCAUGUUGUUGCAACUUUUAUUUUUUAAAAUUCUGACAUUUUACAACUAAGCAUAAAACACCACAAACAGUAUGAUUUUGUGAAACUGGGUGCGCUUUCAUUCACAAUUUUAAAGAACAAUAAACUACUAACUGUUUUGUCUUACUAUUAAAUUCUUGAAUUUAUUUGUUUGCAAGUCUCAACAAAUAGUGGAACAACUGAAACAAGACAAGCAGAUAUGUCAGUGUCAUAUUUGUAGGACUCUUUGUACAACAAUUAACACAGAAGUUAAUCCAACAUGUCAUGCAAACAUUAUUUAUAGCCAUAUUUUAGACAAAAAUGAUUAAAAGUUAAAUAAAUAAUUAACUUAAUCUUAGAAGGAUAUGAAAAAGUGCAACAUGUUGAUCAAGGCCAUGUCACACACCCACUAUGUAUAUUUUGCGCAUUUUCCACAUUAAAUUUGUCUUUCGUAACAGAUGCAUGAUAAUCCUAAUUUUUAACUGUUUGUUUGAAGGUUUUGGCCGACAGGUCUUUACAUGAAAUUGGUUUUGAGCUGUUCCAAAUUUUUGUUCAUUGGAGAAUUACGCAGUUUAUGCGUAUUUUAUAUAGACUUUUUACGUAAAUCUUACGCUAUCUUGCGCGAUUUUUACAAGAUAAUUGCUCAAAUUUCUGGCUUUCCACGAUCGUUCCAGGUAUGUCCUCAUGCGUCUAACAAACUUUUCACGUAUGUACCACCGAUAACUUAUACUGAGUAUAUGACACAUGUAGCGACUGCAUCACAAAUCCAAAGUCGCUGAGAGACUGACGCUGGGUCCAGUUAUUGUACGACACACUGAACAAAUGGUCUUGAAUUGGGUCAUGCUUUGAGCCUUUUAUUAAUGACAAAAAAGUAAUUGAAACAACUUAGGAGGGCUGGCUUAAGGAAAAGUAAAAGGCAAAAAAAAAAAGUGAAAAAAAGCGACAAAAGGCGACAACUAAAGGGGUCAACAAAAAUGUGGCAACCCGUUUCACUCUCUCCCCUCUAACUUACAGGUGAGUUAACAA